GCAUUCUGGGAGUAAGAUGGCGGCGCGGGUGGUGAGCUGGUGUCUCCAGCUGAGCAGGAGCUUCAGGAUCGGCCCGAAAAACUUGGACAAGUUUCAGAAGAUUGAACGAGGAUCAAGCCUGAUUGCACAGCAUAGAUCUCUGCAUACUUCUGCUUCCUGUCAAGGGCUGAAUGAGUUCUUUGAUGACUCUAAGAAUUGGGGAGAACCAACAGUAAAAUCUGGUGCACCUUGGACAGCAAAACAACUACGAUUAAAAAGCAAUGAAGAUUUACACAAGCUCUGGUACGUCCUUCUCAAAGAAAAGAACAUGCUUUUGACUUUGGAACAAGAAGCAAAGCGACAACGAUUACCAAUGCCAAGUCCAGAGCGUUUAAAGAAAAUGGAACGAUCUAUGGCUAGAAUUGACUCCGUUGUUCAAGAACGUGAAGAUGCUCUGAGGUUGCUGCAGACUGGGCAAGAGAAAGGCCGACCUGGUGCUUGGAGGAAGGACAUCUUUGGGCGCAACUUUUGGUACAAAUUUAAGGAAUGGCCUAUUCCUUGGUACCUAAACAAGAUAUACAGAAGAAAACGAUUUUACACGCCACCAUUUGUGGAUAUUUUUGUUAGGCGACGUAUUGAGAAGCACCUACGUAAAAUCAACAAUGCAAGAAAGGCAAAAAUGGAGGAAGAGAAAGUACUAAAGGAAAAAUUCCAACAUCGGUCUGCAUCAAGUUAAUCUUGCACUGAAAAAACUUGUAAAUAAAAAAUUAAAUUUUUACACAA